CUGCCGCGAAGAUAACAGUGCUGUUUGGCUCCAAUUUUCAAGUUCUCCAUAUUUUCAAGUUCUCCGCACAUGCGCGCUUCCAAGGAUGUGUAUCCCUAUGCGAAAGUAUCGGGCUGUCUGCCUUUCAGUUCAUAACACGUCAACCAUGGCGUUUAUUCUAGCUACGAUUACUGCCCCAAUGGUGAUUUUACUAUUCUACUUUACCAUUUACGUGGAAUCAUUUGUCCUAGUGCAAUCAGUGGCCCAGGAAAAUGACCGCCCUAUUAUUGGAAUUUUAUCACAAGAGCUCAGUCAUCGUCUAAACGGCAUCUAUGGCGAUCAACAAUUCGACAGUUAUCUGGCGGCUUCCUACGUGAAAUACGUGGAAAGUUCUGGGGCACGUGUCGUUCCGAUAUGGAUUGGGCAGCCAGAGGAAUAUUACAAGAGCUUACUAACUCGCAUUAAUGGAGUUAUAUUCCCCGGCGGGAGUUCGUGGUUCGAUAGAUCCGGGGGGUAUGCAGAGGCAGGUGAAAAAAUUUACAGAAUUGCCCUCGAGAUGAAUGAUCACGGGGAUUAUUUUCCAAUUUGGGGAACAUGUCUGGGUUUUGAAUUGAUGACCUACCUUGCGGCUAACGGCGUAGAACAUCGAGUCAAUUGUUCAAGCAGCAAUCAAAUAUUGCCGUUGAUUUUCAAACCCGAUUUCAUGCAGAGUCGGAUGUUCAAAAGUGCUCAGCGGGAUAUCAUCGAUAUUCUGAAGCAGGAAAAUGUUACAGCGAAUUUCCAUCACUUCUGCGUAACCGAGGCGGGAUUGGCGCGGGUCAAUCUGACGGAUUCAUUCAAAGUCAUUUCUAUUAACCGAGACAAGGAUGGAUUGGAAUUCGUCUCGUCGCUGGAGCAUGUCAGUUAUCCAUUUUAUGCAGUGCAAUUCCACCCAGAGAAGAAUAAUUACGAGUGGAUUCCGAGGCUGAAUAUUCCCCAUGGGAGAAAUUCGAUCCGGAUCAGUCAAUAUUUCGCUGAUUUUUUUGUGAGUGAAGCCCGAAAAAAUCAACACCGUUUUCGAUCGUUCGAGGAAGAAUCUAAAAAUUUAAUUUAUAAUUAUUCCCCUACGUACACUGGGUAUCAGCCCAAGUCAAGCUUCGAACAGGUUUACUUAUUCAAACAAAAACCUAACAGCAUCGACGAAACUUAUUCUAGUAAUCAAAUACUUCUGUGAUAAUCGUUUCUAUAAAUCGCGAUAAAUUCGACUCUUCGAUUAGAUAAUUACCUAUCGAGUUGCUGUCGCCAUUAUUAUUGAUUAGUCCCUGUAUUAGAUGAUGUGAUAAAAAUAAACAAUUGGACACCA